UCAGCGGGCAAGAUGGCGAUCCUGCAGUCAGCACCCGGACAGCUCCGUCUCACACAUCUGAUCUGAACCGCUGUCUUUCGUUUAUAACAGCCGGAGAAUACGCUAUAUGUGGGAUUUGAUGUGCGUGGCUGUCCCGAUGUCAGCGAAUAUCCGCUCCUGCUGGUUGGGAGUGCUGUGCGUUUGGUCACAGAGAGCUUUAAGGGCUGGAUGGAGUGGCCGUCCUAACGGAAUGGGGCCGGCGAGCCGCUUUGGGUUUGGCGCAGAGGCGCUGUAGCGGGGAGAGCCAUUUAAACAGUACCACGGCAUCACCCCUGAUACAGGAACACAGCUGCGUCUAGGCGCAAUUUAUUUUCACCACGAUCGGGCCGAAUGGGGAAAGAUCGGGGGAGAACUGCGACUGUUCGCUGUCUCGCCAACCGCAGCCGCUAACACAGAGCAUAAGAGGGGGUAGAUCCACUCCCAUCCACCCAGUAAUCCGGCGCGUUCAGCGAAAAUGGAGCAUCAACCGCACCAGCGGUGUCUUUGAAUCGGGGGGAAAUGCAAUGUCUUUCGCGAACACUGUUUUCCGUUUCUGUUUCAAACGGACAAUAGCCGUCUUUAAAUGGUCACAGGCUAACAGCUAAACCAAGAAGAGGAGGAUGUCCGCCACUCUGUUUCUGCUGGUCAUGACUUCUUCGUUUUUCAACCCCAGCUUCGCCUUCAGUUCUCAUUUCGACUCAGAUGGAGCCCCUCUGAGCGAGCUCUCCUGGUCCUCCUCCCUGGCGGUGGUGGCUGUUUCCUUCUCCGGCCUCUUCACCUUCAUCUUCCUCAUGCUGGCCUGCCUGUGCUGUAAGAAGGGGGAGAUCGGCUUCAAGGAGUUUGAGAAUGCUGAGGGAGAGGAGUACCACACCGACCUCUCCACCCUAAACUCCCCCGUCUCCCAGAGCAGCGCUGACAUCUACAUCCUGCCACUCAGCGACGUGUCACUUCCUGCAUCCCAGCAGCCCCCGCCAUCAAUCCAGCUGCUGAAGCCCACAGAUGUGGGCCGGAGGAGCCUGCUGUAUGUGAAGGAGCUGGGACACGGCUGGUUUGGAAAGGUGCUUCUCGGGGAGGUGAACUCCGGAUCGGACUCCAAGCAAGUUGUGAUUAAGGAGCUGAGGGCAAGUGCCAGUGUGCAGGACCAGAUCCACUUCCUGGAGGAAGCACAGCCCUACCGUGUGCUCCUGCACCCCGGCCUCCUCCAGUGCCUGGCCCAGUGCGCAGAGACCACACCCUACCUGCUCAUCAUGGAGUUCUGCCCUUUGGGAGACCUGAAAGGCUACCUGCGCAGCUGCAGGGCAGCAGAUUCCAUGACCCCUGACCCCUUGAUCCUCCAGCGAAUGGCGUGUGAGAUCUCCUCUGGGCUUCUGCAGAUGCACAAACACAACUUCAUCCACAGUGACCUGGCCCUGAGGAACUGCCUGCUGACCUCUGACCUCACAGUGAAGAUUGGAGACUACGGCCUUUCCCACAGCAAGUACAAAGAAGAUUACUUUGUGACACCAGACCAGCUGUGGGUUCCAUUGCGCUGGAUUGGUCCAGAGCUCAUCGAUGAGGUCCACGGAAACCUGCUAUUGGUGGAUCAGACCAAACCCAGUAAUAUCUGGUCUCUGGGGGUGUCGCUGUGGGAGAUGUUUGAGUUGGGGAACCAGCCCUACAGACACUACAGCGAUCAGCAGGUGCUCACCUACGCCCUGAAGGAGCAGCAGCUCAGACUGCCCAAACCGCUGCUGGAGCUCCCGCUGUCCAACCGCUGGUACGAGGUGAUGCAGUUCUGUUGGCUGCCUCCGGAGCAGAGGCCCAAUGCAGAGGAGGUGCACCUCCUGCUGGCGUACCUGUGUGCACGGGGAGCAAGCCAGGCUGAGGACGACUUUGAGAAGCGGUGGAACUCCCUGCGGCCCAACGGGGGCCCGGCCCCGCCCCCUGUCUCCUCCUUCCCCCUCCUGCAGCACCUCCCCCAGCACCCGGAGCCCGGCGACGACGUCCUGACCGUCACGCAGACCAGCCGCGGCCUCAACUUUGAGUGCCGUUGGGAGCAGGCCCGGACCCAGCCCCCGGGAGGCCCCAGGUAUCCCGCUGCCCUGGGCCUGUCCCCCUCCUACUACCAGCCCCAGCCACUGCCCCUAAGGGCCCCGAGCCCGUCGCUAGGCAGCGAGUACUACCUGCGUCUGGAGUAUCCCUCCUGCCCCUACAGCCCGGAGGGCCAGGGCAGCACCGGCAGUGGAGACUCCGGAGAGUGCCUGGGCUGCCCCGCCCUCCCGCAGCCUGACUCCUAUUGGUCAGCAGACAUCCGCAAGGCGGCCGCGUAUGACUGGGACUCCAGCCCCACCCUCUCCCUCACCACAGAGCCCCUCCUGGGGGGGGAACCCUGCUGUAGUCCCACCCACUCAUGGGAGACAGGCCCCACCCAUCCCUGCUCCAGCCCCACCCACCCCUGGGACAUUGGCCCCGCCCACCCCUGCUCCAGCCCCACCCACCCUGGCCGGCUGUGGGAGACAGGCCGCUACGUCUCAUAUAAAGACCGUGAUGGCGGCUACUACUACGAGCCCCCAGCCUCCCUGGAGCUGGAUCCCUACCUGACAGAGCCCCCCCAGGAGAGCUGGGGCUCCAGGAGCCUGCGGCAGGCCCUGGGGGAGCUGGAGAACCCACUGGGCAUCUCCCCCUCCAUUUGCAGCCCAGCCCUGGGCUACCACAGCGCCCCCUACCUGCAGAGCAAGACCGCUGUCACUGCGGCGGCCUGUUACUACAGCACCAUGGAGCCCCUGUGGAACACCAUGCCCCGCGUGGCCAGGGGGGGCUCUCAUCACCACGCCAACCCCCAGUUCACCCCCCCAGGCUGGGCCUCCAACCGCUCGGCCAACAACAACAGCCUGCAGUCCCACCCCCAGCCACCGGGGGCAACCUUGCACCACCUCCACUAUACCAUGCCCCCCGCUAGCGUGGAGGACUCCUGGCCCCUGAGGGAGCACAUGGGGAGCCACUCUCCCCUGCCCACCUCCAGAGAGAGACACGCCCACCCCCACCUGUGUCCUGAGGCGCCCCGCCUCCACACAGAGGAGGGGCCGCAGUUCAUCGACCCGCUAACGGGUGUCAUGGUCCGCAGCUACGCCCGCCAUCAGGAGCUGGAGAAGAGCUUGCCUCCUGCACCCAGAGUGGGCUCUGUUCAGGGUGGGGUGGUCCUCAGGGGCCAGGCUUGGGCCCCCCACCCUGGGGCCCCCGGAGAGCCGGCCUCGGACAGCGGGGUGGACCCGGGCAGCUCCAGCAUCAGCCUGGUGGAGCUGUGUGACUGCAGCGACGAUGACGACAUCACCGACAUCACCUCGGGCGUGUUCGGCGAUGUCCCCGCCGGGGGCAGUGAUUCUGGGGAGAGGGGGACCCCAAAUCUGAGCCCCGUCCAGAAGCAGGCGGGGACCCCAGAUUCCAUCGAGUCCAUUGAGCUGCAUCCAAGCCCUGACCCCCUCCCUCCCACCCCCCACAGCUCCGCCCCUUUCCCUCCGCCUCUCGACAGCGGCUACGACACGGAGAAUAACGAGUCGCCUGAGUUUGUGCUGAAGGAGCCGUCCGACCUGCGCGAGACAGGUGGCUCAGCCCCGCCCGCCCCCAGCGAUGUGACCCCGCCCCCCGUCACUGAGCUGCAGCUGUGUGAGAACAGGCCAUACAGAGACUCCGCCUACUUCUCCGACUGCGAGGCCGAAGGUGGGGGCACUACACUGGGGGUGGAGCCUGUGGCGAUCACGCCCCCAGAGGAGCUCUGUUCCCUAGAGACGGCGAGUGAGCUUCCCUCUCAAAGCCAGGAGGAGGAGUCUCCCGCAGAGCGCCCCGCCCCCUCUGCCUCCGCCCAGCGUACUAUGGGGGCGGAGCUCCUGCAUGAAGGCCCCGCCUCUGAAUGGAACAGAGAUGCAAUGCGGUUGGAUGAGAAGAAGCAGGAGGCUGAGGAACGGGGGGAGGAAAAGGAGAUGCAAGUUGUGAAGGACAUGAAAGAGGAGGAGGUAGAGGAAGAAAAAGAAGUAAAAAAGGUGGAAGAGGGAGAGAUAGUGAAUGAGGUGGAGUGGGUCACAGAAGAGGUGGAGGAGGAGGCAAAUGAAGUAAAAGAGGAGGUUGUGGUAAAGAAGGACAUAAAAGAAGCAGGGGAGGUAAAAGAGCAGGAAAAGGAGGAGGUGGAAGGAGAGGUAGAGACAGAUGUGAAGGAGGAAAAUGAGAUUGGAGAGGAAGUUGAGGACGUAAAGGAAGAGGUAGAAGUAAUGAUAGAGGAGGACGAGCAAGAUGACGGAGAUAUGAUGACAGAGGCUGAGCUAGUGAUGGAGGAACAGGAAGAGGUGAAGAAAGAAGAGAAUGCAGCAGAGAUGCAGGAGGAGGAAGAGGAGGACAUAAUAGCAGAGGUAGAGAUGGAUGUAAAAGAGGUUAAGGGAGUGAAAGAGGGAGAGAUUAGAGAUGAGGUAAAGGAGGAGGAGAAGGUAGAGAUGGAUGUAAUGACAGAGGUUAAGGGAGUGAAAGAGGGAGAGAUUAGAGAUGAGGUAAAGGAGGAGGAGAAGGUAGAGAUGGAUGUAAUGACAGAGGUUAAGGGAGUGAAAGAGGGAGAGAUUAGGGAGGAGGUAAAGGAGGACACUGCAGGUGCCCUGACGGAGGAGGCGUUUGGGGGUGUGGGUUUGUCCCCGCUGGGGGGCAGGGUCUCCCCGGGCGCUGGGGAGGAGGGUGACUCUGAGGACAGCGAGGGGUCGGAUGAGGAGGUGCGCAGCCACAGCGCUGCGGAGAGCGAGGAGGAGGACCCUGAGGAGUGCGAGGAGGAGGACCCUGAGGAGUGCGAGGAGGAGGACCCUGAGGAGUGCAAGGUGGUCCCCCUGGUGGUGAGCGAUGGCAGACACGCCUGCCACCUCCGCAGUGUCCUCCGCUCCCUGUCCCCCACGCAGGAGCGCAAGGCCAAGACUGUGUCCUUCUUCAGCGAUGUCACCGUCUACCUGUUCGACCAGGAGAGCCCAACGCAGGAGCUAGCAGAGCCAGGCCUCCCCGUGGGAGCAGAGCCAGGCCCAGAGGGACCCGCAGCACCGCCCAACCAAGAAAGAGUCUCUGAUGACUCAUCAGAUGGGAACCUAUCAGAAGAGAGCGGAGGGCUGGAGUGGGAGGAUGAUUUCCCCUUAUUGCCCAGGCCUUCUUUGAUGAUGUCAUCUCCCGAGGUGCCGCCAGCGCGGUUCUCAGGCUUCAGUGUCUCCCGCUUCUCCCUCACCCACGUCUCCGACUCCGACAUGGACUCUGCUGGAGGGAGUAGUGAAGAUGGGGAGAGGGAGUGAGGGAGAGUG